AAUCUUAGUUACCAGGUCAUAAAAUCCCUUAUAAAAAACCAACUUAUUGUUACACGCUUGUCACUAUUUGUCAAGCUCAACAUAAUUUCAUUCACAUUUCGUUCAAUUUCAAUUCAUUAAAAUGCAAAAAAGUAGCAUGUGAAUAUUUACUGCAAUAUUAAUUGGAAUUAAAUGAAUUAAUUUAAUUUAGUAAUCUCGUUACCCUCCAAUUCACAUUUAACAAUGACUUCGACGACAUCGACAAACAGGGGAGAUUCUUUUGACGAAUUUUACACAGAGGUUAAAGAAAUUGAAAAACGUGACUCCGUUUUGACACCUAAACAACAGAUUGAGAGGCUCCUUCGUCCUGGAUCCACUUAUUUCAAUUUAAACCCAUUUGAGGUACUUCAGGUUGAGCCUGAUGCUACACUUGAUGAAAUCAAAAAGAAAUAUAGGAGAUUGUCAAUUCUUGUCCAUCCGGAUAAGAAUAUGGAUGACUCUGAGCGUGCUCAACAAGCUUUUGAAAUAGUGAAUCGAGCUUGGAAAACAUUAGAAAAUGAUGACACAAGAAAAAAAUGUCUGGACAUCUAUGAAGAGGCUAAGGAACGAACAGAUCAUAUGAUAGAACAGAAACGGAAAAAGCUGAAAAAGGAAAACCGCUUAAUAGAAACCAUUCCUGAAGAUGAUCCAGAGAAAAAAAAACAUGCCGUAUAUGUUAUGACCAUGAAAUUAUUUGCAGACAUGGAAAGGAAGCGUCAGCAUCUUGAAGUAAGAGACAUGGAGGAAAGGAAACGAAAACGUGAGGCUGAAAUUGAACAGGAGACUCAAGUGUCCUUAGAGAAAGAAUGGGCAAAGAAUUUUGAGGUAGCUAUUGUUUGAAUUUCUAAGGGCAAUAAAAAAAAUAUAUAUCUAUAACGUAAAUACUGCCACCCACCUUGAGAUAAAGUUCUAAGGUCUCAAGUACUUACGGCCUGGCCACGGGGAUCGGCGGUGCGAACAGCGAAGCGGUGGACGAGGCGACCAUUCGCGCAGCACCGUUUGCAGGCCACGGGUACUCACGUUCGCCGCCGCGACU